AUGUUUUGGGAAUGUCAUAUCGUAGCAUCAUCUAUUGAUAAAUUACUUGAUCAAUCAUUAGAUACAGUUAAAUUACAAGAUUUUCUUGAUGAAAAUGAUUUAAUCCAAGAAUGUUUAACACAAAAUAAACGUCUUAUUGAUUAUCUUAUUCAACCAAAUAUAAUGACUGAAUUAAUUGAUCAUCUUAUAAAAUGUCCAACUGAUGAUAAUUUUCGUAAUGCACAUGUUGUUAGCGAAUUAUUAUCAGGUGAUUUUCAACGUAUACAAGAAACUUUACUUGAAAAAAAUCAUUUGGAUUUAUUAUAUACAUUUUUAACUUCAAAUGAACAAUCAACAUUGAAUCCAAUUCUUGCAUCUUAUUUUUCACGAAUAUUAAUGACAUUAAUUAUACGAAAACCGAAUGAAAUACUUGAAUAUUUAAAAUCACGUGAAACUUUUCAAGAAGAUUUUUUUCAUCAUCUUGAUACAACAUCGAUUAUUGAUGUCUUAUAUCGUUUAAUUGCUGAUUUUGGUGAACAACGUCCAGAAGUUAUUAAAUGGUAUGAAGAUAUUAAUAUAAUUGAUGGUCUUAUUCAACAAUUAAUAACAACAGAUUCAUCAUAUGUUCAAUCAAAUAUUAUUAGUUUACUUAGUGAAUUUUUACGUUUAGCUUUUGAUUCUCAUAAUGGAAUGGAUAAUGAUAAUCAAGGAAAUACACAUUUAUCAUCAUCAAGUAUGGAACAUCUACUUUUUAGUGAAAAUAGCAAUGACGAAGAAUCAUCAGUAUCUAGUCCAUUUUCACUCAAUAAUGAAUACGUAAAUAAAUCAUCGAAUAAUGAAACAAACGGAAAAUUAACACCAUUAAUACUUGCUCAACAUAUUUUAUCGAAAUCAAAUUUGGAAAAAUUGUUUGAUGCAAUGAGUAAGAAACCAACGCUUAUUACAAAUGGAUGUGAUUUUCUUAUGACUGUUUUUGAUUUACUUGGUCGAUUUAUGCCUGUACCAUUAUGCAUUUCAUUAAUAGCAAAUGAUGAAUCUUCUCCAUCGUCUAAAGAUGAAAAUGAACAAAUGCAGAUUAACGAUGAAGGAGAUACAUUACCGGUGACAAAAUCUAAUGAAAAUUUAACCAAUAAAAUGAAUGAAAAUGCUUUAAAAAAUCUUCUUAUAUAUGCCAAAGAUCCUCUCGUUCGAAUAUAUAUAAUAUUACUCGAAAUAAUUCCUUCUUAUUUACCAUCUUUUAUUUCAUUAUUAUCUAAACCUUCUGCACCAUUAAUAUCAUCAUCAACAACAUCACCAUCUCAUGAUAGUUCACAAACAGUCAAAUAUCAAUUUAUUAGUGAACCACUCGGAACAAUGCGUCUUAGUUUAAUAAAAUUUCUUUCCAAAUUAAUCCAUAUAAUAUCGAAUGAUUACACCGGUGAUUAUAUCUAUCAGAUAUUCAAUUCCAAUAAUCUAUUAAAUAUCUUAAUCGAUCUUUUUUAUCAUCAUAUUUAUAAUAAUUUUCUACAUACACAAGUAUAUCUGAUUAUUCGUCUUAUUUUUCAUAUAAAUGCAUUAGCUGUUAAACAAUCGAAUGAUAUUUGGACACGUACACCACUUUCCAAUAAAAUACAAUUAUUUAAAUCAGAGCUUCCUAAUACUUCUUCAUAUCAUUAUACGAAUCGUUCUUCAUAUAAAUUAUUUCAAUCAAUGUUAACAUCAUCCGAAGUUAAUCUAAUUGAACGUUUACUUGAUCAAUAUGAAUUAAAUGUUGCAUCGAGUAAAUCAAUAUUAACAAGUUCAUCAUCGGAUGAUGCAAUAUCAUCGUCUUUACUACAUACACGUUUUGUAUCACCUAAUUCAGGUCAUAAUGCGCAGAUACUUCGUUGUUUACGUGAAUAUGCACCUGUAUUUAAUAAUUAUUCAUCAUUUUUUAAAGUUAACGAUCAACAACAAAUUGAUGAAAAUACAAAUAUGCUUGAAAUACGUUGGCAAACAGCACUUGAUUAUCUGAAUGAAGAUGAAAAGAAAUGGUCUGCAAUGCAUCAUGAUGAACGUGAUAGUGCAAAUAAUUUUCGUAUGAAUUCAUCAGCAAAUAUUAUAGCACAUAUUCGAAAUACAAUCAAUAUGAAUGAAAGUAGUGAAGCAAAUCAACGACGACAAACAUUUCAUAUGAGAUCAUUUGGUAGUAGUGGAGCACCAUACAUUGAUGACGAUGAUGAUGAUGAGGAUGAGGUUGAACGUUUUGAUAUUGACGAUGAAGUAAUGAAUAAUGAACAAACAUCGAGUGAACGAAAAGUAGCCAAUAUGAAAAAGAUUCCAUUUGAUGCACAAUUUCCACCUGUAUUUGAUGAACAAGCACUUUGGCAUCAACAAGAUGAUGAAGACACAUCAAAAUCUCAUAAUAAUAAUACUGAAGAUAAUGAUACUACGAAAAUGAAUUCAACUUCGACAUUACCUGAUCUAUUUGAAAAUUAUCGAAUGCAACAAGAAAAAUCUGGAUCAUCAACAGAAUCAAAUUUUGAACAGCUCUGUUCUUUGCGAGCUAAUGAUCAUGGCAGUGAUCCUGUUACUUUUCCCUUUCAGUCAUCAUCAUCGACAGUUCGUGAUGAAGUAGAAGAAGGACAAGAUGAGUUUUAA